AUGACUGCUCAAGUAGCCGCAAUGCAAACAGCUGGCAUGGGGGGCUCUGAGCCUGUGUCGAAGGAGACAGAACAUGACGGGACCGAAAUUGGGAAUUGCAAAACCACGUCUAAAUCGACAAUGCCGCUACCGACAGUACUGGAAAAUGAAUUCCAAAAUCUCAAGGAAGCCUUUACCAUCACGACCGGCAUGCUCAAAGAAAUAGUGAACAGGUUCGAGGAGGAACUCGCUGAGGGUCUCGAGAAGGACUUCCAAAACAUAGCGAUGUAUCCGACGUGGGUAUUUGGGUUUCCAAGUGGCCAUGAGAAGGGGCAGUUCCUGACCAUCGACCUCGGAGGGACGAACUUACGUGUGUGCUGGAUCACGCUCAAAGGCCAAGGCCACGACACAGACAUCGUGCAGGACACUUACAGGGUGCCGGACGAAGUCAAGACUGGCUCUGCGGACCAACUCUGGGACUUGAUCGCGGACUCUCUGAAGGACUUUAUCGAAAAGCAUCAGUUGAAGGGCACUGAAGACGAGCCAUUACCGUUGGGUUUCACAUUCUCAUAUCCGGUGCAUCAAGAUUACAUCGACAGAGGAAGGCUUGUGACAUGGACGAAAGGAUUCAACAUUGAGGGCGUUGAGCAAGAAGACGUGGUCAUCCAGCUUGGCGAAGCAUUAUCGCGGCGGAAAUUACCAGUCAGGAUCAUCGCUCUGAUCAACGACACGGUUGGGGCAAUGAUCGCCUCCGCGUACAAAGACCACGAGACCGUCAUUGGCGCAAUUUUCGGGACGGGGUGCAACGCAGCGUACAUGGACGACAUCGGCUCCAUUCCCAAAAUAAGCGGCUCCGGGCUGGCCCCGGAGCUCCCGCUGGCCAUCAACUGCGAGUACGGCGCGUUCGACAACUCCCACCGCGUCCUACCGAGAACGAAAUAUGACAUAGAAGUCGACAACGAGUCAGUCAAGCCCGGCGAGCAGGCCUUUGAGAAGAUGAGCGCUGGCCUGUAUCUGGGAGAGAUCUUCCGCCUCGUUGUCCUUGACCUGCACGAGCGCGGAUUUCUGUUCCAGGGGCGUGACCUUCCAAGGUUGAAGGAGACUUACUGCAUGGACACGGGAUUUAUCUCCUGCCUGGAGAACGACCCACUCGAUGCCCGUGUCGCCCGCUACAAGGAGGUGCUGGGGUUUGAGCCAACACAUGCAGAGCUCGAGUUCUCACGACUGCUCGCGGAGGUCAUCGCGGAGCGCGGUGCGCGGCUGUGCGCGUGCGGCAUUGCUGCCAUUUGCAGGAGGAAGUCUAUUGGCUCAGGUCACGUAGCAGCCGACGGAAGCGUUGCGAACAAGCACCCUAAGUUUAAGGCACGAUGGGCCGAGGCCCUCGGCGAGAUCCUGGACUGGCCGGUGGGCCGCAGGAGCGACCCAAUUACCCUCACGAGCGCGGAAGAUGGGAGCGGGAUUGGCGCUGCAAUCAUCACGUCCAUGACAAUGGCUAACAUCCGCGCCGGAGACUUGAAGGGGGUGCGGGACGGCGGUCAGUAUAUUGGGAAGCAGUGGUGCUGA